AAAUCCAUCAGAGUGUGAAUGGUGCGGCUCAGUGUGGGUCUGUACAGUGUGUUCAGUGUGUUUUUAGUUGAGUGGGCUCAGCUCAGUCCAGUCCACAGUGGGCAGAGAGGUUCAUCAGUUCACAUGAAUGCUGGCUCUGAGCCUUCUCUCCUCCUCCUUCACUUCCAUUCCUUUUCAUCCCCUUCCUCUUUCAGACUUGCCUUUUGUUUCAGCGUCGGUCUCUUCUUUCAUCUUUUGACUUCCUCCUAAAUGUCUCAAAUCUGUGUUGCAGUCAGACGCGAGGCUCACAGUGUCAUGAGAAGAAAUCCAAAAGAGAAACUCUGAUGAAUCAGUUCACUCCUCACAGACUUUCUAACAUCUCAGGAUUCAAAGCAUCAACUUUCUAGGACAUUCAUCAUUAUUCCCAUCAUUCCCUGGUCUCUCUCCGUCCCCCAGGAUGUCUUGGCCGGCUCUCUAUACUCAGCUGGUCGGGGCGAACCGUCACUCCACCAGUCUGGGUAAGAUCUGGCUCUCGGUGCUGUUUAUUUUCCGGGUCCUGGUGCUGGUUGUUGCUGCAGAGAGCGUCUGGGGGGACGAGCAGUCGGACUUCAUCUGUAACACGCUACAGCCAGGCUGUGAGAACGUCUGCUAUGAUCAGUUCUUUCCCGUCUCCCACAUCCGUCUCUGGUGUCUUCAGUUGGUCUUCGUCUCCACACCGACGCUGCUGGUCGCCAUGUAUGUGUCCUAUCGGAACCACAAAGACAAGAAGAGGCUGCUGCAGAGUUCUGGCCGAGCUGGUUUCCUCGGCAACAAGGGCCAAGACGAGGAGCUGGAGACUCUGAAGAAGCGCAGACUCCCCAUAGCCGGAGCUCUGUGGUGGACCUACGCCUGCAGCCUGGUGUUCAGGCUGCUGUUUGAGGCAGGAUUCAUGUACGCCCUGUACGUGGUCUACGAUGGUUUCCAGAUGCCCCGGCUGGUGCAGUGUGACCAGUGGCCCUGCCCCAACCUGGUGGACUGUUUCAUCUCACGGCCCACUGAGAAAACCAUCUUCACUGUUUUCAUGGCCACGGCCUCGUCCAUCUGCAUGGUCCUAAACAUGGCUGAACUUGCAUAUCUUGUCGCCAAGGCUGUCACUAGGGCUCUGUGUGGUCAGAGGGAGAGGAAAACCAGCAGGGGCAAAAUGCACAACCAGAAGUCACUUGUCUCAACCUGAAGAGCAACAGGAUGGAGGAUGCAGACAGGAAUCAUUCCAAAGACUGAAUACACUUUAAAGCUGCAUAACUGCAAGUGGAUCGUGGUAAAUGACCCAUCAGUGUAAAUAAGAAAGGGAAAUUUUCUGUGAUACCUAAAUUGUUGAAACGUAACAAGGGGUGGAGAUAUCAGAAGCUCAAAACUGCAUUUUUACUCCGCGAAGGAACGCAGCGAAGUUAUGUGAUGAUCGGUGUAUGUUUGUCCGUCUGUUUAUCUGUGCGCAACAUUACUCAAAAACGAAUUAAUGGUUUCGGAUGAAAUUUUCAGGGAAGGUCAGAAAUGGCACAAGGACCAAGUGAUUAGAUUUUGGCAGUGAUGCGGCUUAUAGUCUGGAUCCACGGAUUUGUUAAAGAUUUCUGUAUCGUUGGGAGAUAGCGGCACAGCAUCACUGUAACUAUUUUAUUUAUUUAACCAUGUUUUGUCUAGAUAAGCUAGUUGAGAACUGAUUCUCAUUUUCAAUAGCGACCUCACCAACUGUGACAACAAGUGAACACUACGUCAGCUGCCUGUUGAUGAUCACAUGAUUACGAUCCUACUACAAAUCGACCAUUGCGGACUUAUAAGGACUUAUCUGUCGGAAAUGAUACAAGGAACAAUUGAUUAAAUUGUGGGGGUGUUUCAGAGUAUAAUUAAUUCCUGUCGGCCGCUACAUAUUUAGGUCACAUGAUUCGGUAUCCGUACACAACGUACACAUGCAUAACACACACCUGUCCUCAGCGCGACGUAAUUUUUUAUUAAAAAUAUCAUAUGUCUGAAAUUAUACGACUGAACAGCCUUGGAAGAGUACUGCACUCUGAGUGCUUUUCUUGUUAUUUGAACUGUUUUAGGUUGUAUGUUGAUAAUUUGUACAAAAAGAUUAACUUGCUGAUAGCGUACUUCUAUAAUGUGAUAAUGUCUUCUAUUUUCACAUUAGGAUCCCAACUAAUCUUAAUGCAAAAAUAGAUGAGCACAGAUAGUUCAGAGUCGUCGCUCCAUCUACUGAGAAACAAGAAAACUGCGUGAGGAAAAUGUGAGGAUUCAUUAGCAGCUACAUACACUGUAAACUAUGUACAUAUGUUUGUAUUUUUCAUGAAUUCAUUGCGUAACAGUUCAUUGAAUAUGAAUGCACUCACAAUGUCUCACUUCACAAAUAAAUUUUCAUCAUAUCAUCA